CAAGGAGGGUUACACAUUCGUUACGCGGGAUGUCCGCCGCGAGGAGGGAGUGAGUAACGAUGAAUUCAUAAAAGCUGCUUAGCUGUAUAAGAGGCCCACCCCCACCUUCUCCAGCCCUAUCGUUGCGACUCUCAUCACAAGUCACAACACCGCCUUGUUUCUGUCGUCCCACUCCAAUUCAAAUCCAUGGCCGACCUCCAAACUAAGCCCGAACCCGCCUCUGCUUCCCUCGAUGCCAAGCCCCUCGGCCCCCCUCUCGCCGAGGUUCCGCCGCCCGACGUCGCCGUUGAUUCCAAGACUCUUGCCGUUGUUCCCAGGCCGGCAGAACCUGCAAAGAAGCAAGGAGGAUCCAUUGACAGGGAUAUUGCUCUAGCAGAAGUGGAGAAAGAUAAAAGGUUGUCCUACAUCAAGGCAUGGGAAGAAAGUGAGAAAACCAAAGCAGAGAACAAAGCCCAAAAGAAGCUUUCUACUGUAGCCGCAUGGGAAAAUAGCAAGAAAGCAGCAAUCGAAGCUAAGCUGAAAAAAAUUGAGGAAGAACUGGAGAGAAAGAAAGCAGAAUAUGGGGAGCAAAUGAAGAACAAGAUAGCGUUAGUUCACAAGGAAGCAGAAGAGAAGAGGGCAGUGGUUGAAGCCAAGCGGGGCGAAGAAAUUCUCAAAGCAGAGGAAUUUGCUGCCAAGUACCGCGCAACUGGAACCACUCCAAAGAAGCUCCUUGGCUGCUUUUGAUUCCUUUUUCCUCUUCCACUUUUGUCUGUGGUUUGAUAUUUUAUAGUAAUAAAUGGUAAUUUUGAAUUUUGUGCAUAUGUUUUUUGGGGCUUUAAUUUGUUCUUGAAGUUGUUUUAUGUGUGUAACAAAAAUACAAGGUUCUUGUUUGUACCAUCCGCCUCAUAUAGUGUUCUUUAAUGGAUUUUUACACAACACAAA